CGUACCGUUACCUAGCGCCUCUCCCAUUCGUUCGCUAAGAAACUACCGCUACCACUGCGUGCUGUCAUCACCCAAUCAAGAAGAAAGCAACAAAACCACCAGAAACUAUCGAAAGUGUUGUGCGAAACGGUUGCAAAUGUGAUUCCGACUUCCGUAGUAAGCUUAGACGCACGUAGAACCCGGAAAAAGCUAAAACCCGCCGCGAGACAAAGUGAUAUUGUGCCGUUUUCACCUGUGAUUUGCGUCCGCUGCCCUGUCACAUAUUUUCCUUUUGACACGCUGUAACUAUGGAAGAGGCUUCGUGGGUUGGCAAAGCCGUUUCGAUUCAUUGCACGGAACACCUUGGCGUUUUUCAGGGCACCAUCAAGGACCUGAGCAGCGAUCAACUGACCAUUGUCCGUGCAUUCCGCAACGGAGUCCCUUUGAAGAAACAAGAUGCCGAAGUUACUUUGAGGAUCGGAGACAUAAUGAAGAUAGACUUAAUUCCAUAUCAUAACGCACAGAAUAAUGUCGGGACAUCGCUGAUAAACAACCCGACGCCGGUGAAGCAGCCAAAUUUUGGGGCUGCCUCGUCAGCUCCUUCGACUUCGCGGGAAAGCGCGCUUACGUAUAAGAUGUCCAACAUGAAAAUGAAUGGCGUUCAGCGACGUUCGCCGACAGCUGACAACAAAAACGCUAAUGGCAAGCAAAUGCACAUGAGCAAGUCGCCUUCGAAUGUGAAUGUGGCCAAGUUUUUCGGCAUGCUUCCGUCGACGGUUGAAUCGAAACUAGUGCAAGCGGCCCCGUAUCAACAAGACAACGGGCGCAGUUCAAGUAAACCGAUCGAUAUUGUUAAUUCAGCUAGAUCGGCGCCGACAAACACACCAUUCAGGCAACAGGACCGCAAGAAAUCGAGGAGGAACAACAAAAAUCAUACUUUCGGUACGCCCGUGGACGAUCCCAUAAUGGGGGAAGACUUUGAUUUUGAGGGCAACUUGAAGUUGUUCGAUAAGCAGGCGGUCUACGAUGCUAUCGAAGCAGGCCAAAAGCCUGACUUGGUAAGUCGGAAAAAGGUAAGGCAAACUUUGCCGUCACAACAGAAAUAUCGGCACGACGAGAACGUCAUCGCCACAACGCCGAUGCAAUAUCGUCAGAUCGAGAGUGGAUACCAAAGCACUCAUGAAUUUGUUACUGAUGAGGGUCUCAUAAUCCCUGCAAUUCCAUAUUUACAGCGAUCUCAAAUUCAACUUUUAGCUGAACGUAAUGGUCUUACCAGCGAGCGACAAUGUGAUAUGCUAGCGCGCGGUACAAGCGAUCUGGCUAUUCUUCUCUUAGGUGGAGCGAGGCGAUUGAAUCCCAACAAUGAGCACCAAUGGCCUAGAAUAGUUAUAAUAUGUGAUAAGAAAUCUGAUAAUGCCAAGGCUUGUGAAGUAGCUGCUGCCACCGGUAGACAAUUAGCAUCGCAUGGCCUCAAAGUGAUUCUUUAUAUUAAAGAAGAGGACAUUGAUCAAAAUUGUAUAGAGUUAAAGUUAUUUAAGGCAACUGGAAAUAGAAUCGUUUCAUCCUUGAACGAAUUGCCAUCAUCUGAUCUCGUGAUACUUUCUCUAACUUCUGAUGUCUUGCCGACAUUAGUUAAGAAGUGGAUUAUCGAGAACCGGUCCUCCGUUCUAGCGAUAGAUCCACGGCCAAAUGGCAUUCCCGAUGUACAAAUAAAAUGUUCCAUUCUUCCCAUACUGCCACUGAAUAAUACAUCAUCAUCAUGUGGUAAACUCUACUUAUGUAAUCUAGGCAUACCCGACAAGUUUUUCCAAGACUCGGGAAUCACGUACAAAAGUCCUUUUGGGCACAAGUUCGUUAUACCAAUUCAUAUGAAGGACUGAAAAUCAUUUUAAAAAUAUAGAAGAAAACCUCACAUAUUUCAUAUUUUUUUAUUUUAAAAUGCAACCAUUAUAUUUGGUAAAGAUUUUUUAAAGAAAACAGAAAAAGAAAAAACAGAUACGAUUAAAACGAAGUGAAAUAGAACACGCUUAUAUACGUAGACAGGAUAACAAGUCAUUAUAAUAUUUGUUUACAAUAUCUUCUCUCUUAGCUAAAAUUCACAAUACAGAGAUUUUCCUUUUAAAUGUGCAGUUCAGGUCUUUUUGACUGUAUAAAGUUUUUAUGAAAGUAAAAUGCAAUGGCGGAAAUUUGUUCAUGUCGGAGCAGAGGCUUCUAUUUCAAUGUAGUAUCGAACAAGUUCUUCGUUGUUAGCAUAUUGGUGUGAAUUUCGACCUCUGUUUGAUGACAUUGGCGAAUUAAACUCACAAAAGACAAAAUUUUAUGUACGUCAAAGACUCUCAUAACUUACGAAUUUAAUAAAAAAAAAUAACAUUUGGAAAAAUAAUGGAGACACAGUUUAUAGAAAUAAAGAUCAUCAUUGUAAUAUGUAUUGAGGAAGAUAA